UAGACAGUGUUCAGUGUUUCGCAGUUCAGACACAAUUUGAUAACAUUACUUGUUGAAAUGGCAGAAAUUAAUAACAAUUCUGAUAAAAGUAAGUUUCAUUUUUUUAUCACUUCAAGAUAAUUCACUCUUUACCUUUCAUUUUAUUCAGUUACUUUCAAAUUGAAGCAUUUGAAUAAAUACCAUGAGAUAGUCAUUGAUCCAAAUGAUGACAGAAAUGAAUACAAACACCAACAAUUAUUUGAACAGCUGGAAUCAAUAACUGGAGUACCAAGUAGAUAUGCAGCUAAGAUGCUUAUAAUUAAGAACGAAACUCCUUCCCCCCUUAAUAAUAAUGGUCGGAUUGUGUGGGGGAUUUUCGUCAACUCAGAAGCCAUGGUUCCUGAGUCACUAAUGGAAUACUAUCCACAUCUUAUGUUCACAGCACACAUCCAAGAUAUCUUCAGUGUAAAUACCCGUAAUGGUCAGCGUUUUUAUCUUCAAUAUGGUGUUUGUUAUGAGCAUCAAAUUUCCAAGCGUAUAAGUAUGUGUUAUAAGCUAGUGGAAGAAAGAGACGUUCCUGAAGAAGGUUGCGUUGGAGGUGUAUGUCAAUAUCAAUGCACUGAAAGUUACUUUAGAAGGUUGAAAGAUCUCGUUAGUAAUGAUGAAAUGAAUGCUAAAAUUACUCAGCUUGUCCAGCCACUAUUUGAAUCGGGAAAUUCAGCGGAAGUUUACAGGAUUUUCAGAGAUUUCAAUAUUAAACAAUAUUUAUAUCCAUCUUGUGAUGAGGGUUAUAGGCGCCAACUUGCAGUGAAUGGUCAUGCACACCAAAUUGAUCUUUAUCCAAGAACUCGAGGUUAAACCCGUCUGGUAUCUACCUGUGGUGAAUGAGCCUUGUUUCAAUUUUACUCAAUAAACUGAGUUGAGAGUUUAAACUUUACCAUGGCUCAAAAAUAUUCAUUAAAGUUGGAUAAAUCCGAAUUUUUAGUGUGAUUCGCAACUCGGUAUUCACUGCGUUGAGGAACCGAAUACUACC